AUGUCUUUUAAACCAAAUCCAAAUCCAAAUCCAAAUCCAAAAUGUUCGGAGCUGGAAAAAUGUUUGACCGGCAUUGUUCAUGUGUUCCACAAGUAUGCUAAGAAAGAUGGUGACGCUACGAAGCUGAACAAACAAGAGCUGAAGUGCCUGAUACAGAACGAGCUCCCUAAUUUCCUGAAGGACUGCAAGGACCAGAAAACUAUUGAUGAGCUUAUGAAAGGUCUUGAUGAAAACCAGGACCAACAACUGGACUUCGAUGAGUAUAUUGUUGCGACCGCUGCACUGGCUGUAAAAAUAUACCUUGAUACAUCUGCUGGCAAAUCACAGCCUUGCAAGAAAUAA